AUGACCAUGUCACCAUCUGCGAAUCGCAUUCAUUACCUCGACCAUCUCUACAAAGACCUAAACCCCGAUUCACCAUCACUUGCUCCGCCUGAAAACAAUCCACCUCAGGACGAUAUUGAUGGUCAACAACAACAACGACAACACCCAGACAACACCCAGUCCACAACCAUAGCCACACCCUUAACUACUACAGCUAUCACCGAUUCUCUCUGUAUAAAACCAUUUUAUUUUCCGUUUGGAAAACCAAUUUCUACAGUACAACGCGACCUGAAUGACAAGAAGAUAUUUGCAGUCGUUAGACACCUUUAUGGCAUUCGUACUUUUUUGAGAGAAGAACAAUUUGUGCCAGUAACAAAGGCAUGUGGACUGCCGCGUUAUCUCAACAUGGCACUCUUCAGAAGAAUGAAUGUACAAGAAGAACCAGAAGAUGGUGUAUCGUUUGAACAAUUCGUUCGCGGGUGGAUAAUGCUGUCUUACGAUCGAUACAGUGACGAAUCAAUAAUAUUCAACAUUCUCAAGAGACCUGGAUUUACCUGGUUGAACCCUGAAGAUUUCAUACCAGUAUUAGAAGAUAUUGUCUAUAAUCAUCCAGGUCUACAGUCUUUAGCAGAUAAUCCAAUGUUUCAAGAACGCUACAUCGAAACUGUGAUUUGUCGCUUAUAUUACGAUGGCCGAUGCCCAGGCGGCAAGAUGAACCUGAACCAAUUUCGACAAAGCAAAUUUACCAUGAUGAUCAAGGCACUAGGACCCAAUAUCGAUCUCAACAAUACACACGAUUGUUUUUCUUAUAAGCAUUUCUAUGUCAUCUACUGCAAAUUCUGGGCACUUGACACCGAUCACAAUCUCAUUAUAUCCCAACACGAUCUAAUGAAAUACAAUCAGUCGACUCUAUCUAUUUGGAUCGUUCAUAGGAUUAUGACUUGUGGACGGAUAGCAGCAUUUGAUCAAGCGUACAAGAGCAAUGUAGAAGUAACACCUGUCUUGACAUAUCUUGAUUACAUAUGGUUCUUGUUGUCAGAAAUUGACAAGAGUACUACCAUGGCAAUUGAAUACUGGUUUCGAUGUAUGGAUGUCGAUGGCAAUGGGGUUUUGACUAAGUAUGAAUUAGCGCAAUUCUGGGAAGAUCAAGAUGCAAGACAACGUUACUAUGGUGUUGGUCCAGAAGACAGGAUUCAAUUUAAGGAUGUAAUGUGUCAAAUGAAUGACCUUAUACAGCCAAAAACACCCAAUCAAUUCAGAUUAUCUGAUCUAAAGCGUAAUGGUUACAUGGCCGAACGUUUCUUUGACACCUUUCUGAACUUUGAUCGAUUCCAAAUUCACGAGUCUCCUAUUGCUCCACCAAAUGAAAUUGAAAAAGAAGACGAAGAAGACGAAGACGAAGAAGAAGAAGAAGAAGAACGAUUUGUACUAGGUCUGCCUGUCUCUGAGAGUACAAGCGACCUAGAGAGUGAUAUCAGUCUACCAAACACGCCUACCUUGACAGAUAAAGACAUUGGAGCUAUAGAUUGGAGUAUUUUCGCUAAACAAGCAGGUCCAAACACAAACUAUUUGACAUGGCUGAAUACAAAUACCAAAGGGAACGAUGAAAAGGAACGAGAUGUGGAAUCUCCAUGGAUAUAA